AUGGACGUGCUAUCGAAUAUCGACCCAACGUCGUCGAACAGUGCGGCUACGGACCCAUUUAGACCGUCGUUCUUUGAGCUGAUUGCGCAGGAGCAACUUUCAGACCUGCUGAAGCCUGCAAUCCGGUAUGUACUUACUGUGUUGGCCCAGAGGAAUCCGCGGUACCUUCUCCGCGUCGUCAACCGGUUUGAUGAAAUAUAUACCCUGCUAAUGCUGGCCGUAGAGCGACACUACCUUCGCACAUGGAACGCUUCCUUUACAGAACACUUCUACGGCCUCCGACGUCGCCGACGCCCAGCUGUGUCGACAAAGCGAGUCGAGGCGUCCGUCUCGCCACAGAAGCUGGCAGUUACACGGCAGCUGCGCAAUAAGGAGAUCUAUGUCUCUCUUAUGUUCCUUGUUGGACUGCCUUACGUGAGUGCUAAGCUCACAGAGUACUGGGAGCAUGUCGGAGGCGGUGUCCUAGUAGAGGACGAAGACGACUUGUUUGGCGACGAGCCCUCGUCGCGACCGGCACAGGCCGCUGUACUGCACGAGACACCCGCGCAACAACGCAAGCGGAAGUGGGAGGCGUUCUUCCGGAAGGCAUACCCGUACGUACAAGUGGUUUACCAGCUCUGGAUGCUGGGGUACCACAUUGGCUAUCUCUUUGGCCGCACUCCGUACUGGCGGCCAUGGCUUGCAGCGAUGCGCGUCGAUGUGCGUCGUUCCAUGGGCAACGAGCAGCCGCUGAUGGUCGGCGCGGCGGCAGUGCAGUUCCCCAAGUUCACGCGGUACCCCUUCCUCUGGACCUACGUGCUGAUGCGCAAGGGCGGCGCUCGCAUCCUUGAUGCGCUAAAGUACGCUCUACCCGCGUCGAUUUUCUUCUUCAAGUUCCUGGAGUGGUGGUACAGCCCCAACAACCGCCGCCGUCGGGGCGAUAGCAGCACCGAGUCGAGCAAGCGUAUCGCGCCGCCGUCGGUCCUGCUGCCAAGUCAACGUGGUGUACUGUACAAUCCACCACCGACGUUCAAAGACCCGCAAGUGCUUGCCAAGGUGAUGGAUACGACGACGCUAGCUGAGGCUGAUGAUGAUAUGUUUGCCGAUGGUGCCGCCCCACCCGCCUUGCUACACAAUGCCUGCCCGCUGUGUGGCGCAGCGCCGAUUCAGAAUCCAUGUGUCUUGGCCACAGGGUAUGCAUGUUGCUAUACGUGCGCUACAGAGUAUGUCGACAAGUGGCACCGCUGCCCUGUGACAAUGACGCCGCUACCUGGUGGUGUAGAGCAGAUCCGGCGUGUGCUGGUAUGA